AUGGAUUAUGGAAAUGUGGUAACAUACGGCUGGGGCGCCCACAGCACCCAAAACCAGGUGCACCGUGAUCUUGUUGCUGAUAACGACAAGAUUCGUUACAUUUACGGAUUCAAACGUAAUGAUCAUGUUACUGAAUAUCGUGAGCGUUUGAGUGGAUUGACUCCUGAGAGCAGAGCAAAACUGCAAUCAGCAGUCUUGAUAUUCAAGCAGUUGUCAAAUUGUUCGCCUGAGUAUCUGAAUCGCAUGUUUGUUCGUAAUGGUGAAUCGUCGCGUUAUCCAGAUACUCGCGCAUUUAGUUUCUCUGCAAUCAAUUUUUGGAAUAGUAUAUCGGUCGAAAUUAGAAAUUCUAAAUCUCUAGUCGCGUUUAAAAAUAACCUAAAGCAUCUGUUACGUUCCACGCAGUAA